CGAGGUCAAAGAAUGCAGAAGAAGAAUGUGCAAAAGAAGUCUGAGAAGAAGGAGAAGUCAGGGAGUGGAGUUAUACCAACAUUACAACAAAAAUGCUCGUUUGUCAAUUUUCAGCAAAUAGUUAAGAUGGUGAAGUCGAAAGCGAAAAUUGAAGUAUGGGAUGUGCUACGGAAAAUUUCUUUUUGGCCGAUGAUAUCGCCGAUCUAUCACUCUAAAGUGCAAGAAAAUCAUUUUACCAAGAAUGAGCGUGACCUCGAAAUCAUCCUUCAAUACUAUGAUGUUGAGAAGAGGAAGUUCUUUUUUGGGAAUAAAGAGAUGGAGAUCAUGGGGUAAGACAUAGAGAGGAUAUUUGGGCUGCCAAAUUCAGGA